CUGCCCUGUCCCCGCUGGUGGGGGCUUUUACCUGGUGCCCACCUUUUCGCUGCCGCCCGCGCCUGGCCGUCUGGAGCGCUUGGGGCGCGUCAUGGUGGAGCUGGAGGCGCUGCUGCCACCUCCCGGAGCAGUCCCCGGGGGUGCCGGGGUGUGGGUGCCUGGGGGGCGCCCACCAGUUCUGCGCGGGUUGGUGCGUGUGCUGAACCGCUCCUUCGAGAAGGCGGUGCACGUGCGGGCCUCACACGACGGCUGGGUUUCCUUUUGCGACCACCCAGCGCGCUACGUACCGCGCAGCCCGCCGGGGGCAGGAGCGGGAGGAGCAGGAGCAGGAGAUCCUAUCCUGGAGCCGGGCCUCGGCCUGGGCUCUGGUCAGGUGUCUACCUCCUCGCCCGACGAUGGCGGCAGCACCGACCGCUUUGCCUUCCAGCUGCCCUUUGCUGAGGGUGCGGGCGACGGGGCACGUUUGGACUUCGUGGUGCGCUAUGAGACCCCCGAGGGCACUUUCUGGGCCAACAACCACGGCCGCAACUACACAGUUCUGCUUCGGAUUGCACCCGCUCCCACACCCACUGAUGCUGAAGGGCUGCCCCAGCAGCAGCAGCAGCAGCAGCUGGAGCCACAGCCCGAGUGCCAGGGUCCCGUGGAGGCUGAGGCCAGGCAGCUGAAGAGCUGCAUGAAGCCGGUGAGGCGCAGGGGCUGAGAGAAGGAACCAGUUACACCCCCAGGAGACUCCGAACUGAGAUUUUCCUCACCUACCUUCAUCAUGCUUAUGAGUUCCGUAAGGCAAGUAGCUCUAGCCGGAUUCUUUUUGGUGUCACCUAAGUCUAGCCUGUUUGCUGGGAUAUGUUUCCUGGGAUAGAUUGUCUCUGCCCAUGUGGGAAAUGCAUAUAUUCACCUGUCCCUGGGAGAACGGAGAUGAGUAAAUGCUGUUUGGGCCUUGUACAUGCUUGAUCAGAGACAGCUGGCUGCCGCAAGAUGUUUGUAGGAUCGUCUCUUUUGGUCCUGGCAAGGCCUUUGCAGGCUGUGAGUCGUUAUGGAAGACCUAGCUCUGGGCUGGCAGGCAGAUAUGCCUAGGUAGGUGGGCAGGCUGGCAAACACCCACUGGCUGACCUGUCCCCCCUCCCCGCCAACCUCCCAUUCUGCCUGAGUGCAGGCAGUAUGACUGUCCUUAGGGUGGUAAGGUUGCCCGGCUUUGAAUCCUAGUCCUGCUAUUUACUGGCUUUGUGACCUUGGCCAAGUCCUUUAACUGCCCCCUGCCUCAGUGACCUCAUUUGUAAAAGAAUUCUAAGUAUACAUGCUUCAUGAACUCCGAGUAAAAGCCCUCCAGACCCAGCCUGGCUCACAGUGCCAUGUAGGUGUUAGCUAAAAGACUUCCCAGUAAUAGCAAUAGAAAAGUGGUUCAUCUGCAUCCGGUCAAAGGCAAAAACCUUGUGAGACAGAAAAACCAGGUAGUCCCCCUGAGUUCCAGCUCUCACAGGUUUCACUGUAUCGUUAUUUAAGAAGUCUCAGAUAAACUCUACCCAUCACCAACCAUAUAGCACUGCCUCACUUUUCUUAACUGUUUAAGGGGAAUGGUAAUUUGGUUGGAUUAAACCCAGCAAACUUGGGGCAGGUUCACUGAAGUAGCUGUGAAAGUGAAGAGUGGUCAGCACUUAUUACUCAGCGAAGAGCUUCAAGUCCAUUUUCAUUGAAUCCAGUGCAUGUGAUGUGGUGUAGGUGCUAUGAUUCUCCUCAUAUAAUAGAGGGGGCAACUGUUGUAGCUCAGAGAGGUGAACCAACUUGCUUAAGAUCACUCAGCGAGUGAGUGACAUGACCAUGUAAAAGAUGCCAGGGAAGUGUUUGCUACCCAUCCUCUGGAAGGCCUGGCAGGGUUCGGGGCAAGGUCUGGGUUUCACGCCUGGUGGUUCAACACUGCAUGCUUUCAACCUCUCCCCGCUGUUUAGUGGUAACAUGCACUAAUCUGAAGUGUGUGGCUCAGUGGAUUUUCAUAUAUGUACACACUGAAUUUUUUCAGUGCCCCACCAUUGUCUUCAUUUCUAUCACUUUUCCCACGUCGUCACCCCAGCUAGUUGUCGUGGGAGCCCUGUCUGUAAGAUGCGAUAGUGUGGGGAUCGGAGUUUGGUCAUUUUAAAGAGUGUGAAAGGAAGAGAACAGAGAAAUCAAAACCUUGCAGGGCCAGGGUGGGUGGAGAGGGUGUUUUUCUUUUAAAAUGCAUGGGUGGUUUUAAGGAGAAAUUGAAGCAGCCCGUUCAGACAAUUGUUUUGGUAUCUGGCCCCAGGUUUGUGGUUCCUAACAUGACUUGUGAUAUUAUUUUAAGUGGGCAGAUGGUUGUCUGAUAGCUUCUCUAUCUUUUGAUCUCAGCUCUUGCAAAGGGGAGGUUGGUGCUCAUUGCAAGAUCAGCGAUAAAGUUUUCUUUGUAGGUUAGUGGCUUUCUUGUUGAGUACAUUUUAACUUAUUGUUGUUUUAAAACCUGUGCGUUGCUAGUGACUUGAACAGCUGCCUCCUGUGGCUCAGCCCUCUUGGGAAAUGGUGGCGGACCUAAGGGGAUAUCCUUUAUCUGUGGGAGCCCCAUGAUAGAGGACUUCCCAUUCAAGAAAUGUUUGGCUGCAGGCCCACUAUGUGCUGGGCAUAGAUCGCUGCGUCAAGUAGGGGCACAGGAGAUGCUCUCUGGGCCCUACUCAGAAACUCAAAUGGCAGCAUUCCCUGAGAUGUGGACCAGGCUUGUGGCCAUCCUUAGAGAAAGGAGCUCUGGGUUAGUGCUGCUAACUGCGAGGUCAACUGUUCAAACCCACUAGCGGCUUCAGUGGCAAAAGAGGAGUUUGUCUGCUCCCGUAAAGCUUGACAGUCGUACAAACCCGAUGUUGGGUUGCUGUAAGUCGCGAUCAAUCUGAUGACAGUGGAUUUGGGUUUGGGUAGACUUGGAGAUAACCCAUCGACAAGCAGUUAUUGGCCUACUAUGUUCUGGGCAUAGUGCUUGGUUCAAGCAAGAAAAAAGCAAAGCGGACUAGUCCUUUGGUGUU